AUACAUCAUCUUUCAUCAUCUCUUUUUCUCCCGGAGAGAAUCAUCCUUUAGAGAAGAAGAGGAAACAGAGCAAUAUACAAAUAUUAAUCUUCUUCUUUCAAUACAAUGGCUCUUCCGUUGCCAUUGAUCUUCCUCAUGUUUUGGUUAUCAGCAGGAGUUGAAUCCACAAGCUUCAUCAUGGAGAACAAAUGUGAAUACACAGUCUGGCCGGGACUUCUCUCCAACGCCGGAGUUCCACCACUUCCGACGACUGGCUUCACCCUCCAAAAAGGCGAACAGCGAACCAUCACCGCCCCAGCUUCAUGGGGCGGACGGUUCUGGGGACGUACACUCUGCUCCACCGACACCGCCGGAAAAUUCACCUGCGCCACCGGAGACUGCGGCUCCGGGACCCUCGAGUGCUCCGGCUCCGGCGCCACGCCGCCCGCCACCCUGGCCGAGUUCACGCUCGACGGUUCCGGCGGUCUCGAUUUCUACGACGUCAGCCUCGUCGACGGCUACAACGUGCCCAUGCUCGUCGUCCCGCAGGGAGGCUCGGGGCAGAACUGCAGCAGCACGGGGUGCGUCGUGGAUCUGAACGGGUCGUGCCCGUCGGAGCUGAGGGUGACGAGCGUCGACGGAGUGAAACAGCCCAUGGGUUGUAAAAGCGCGUGCGAGGCGUUUCGGACGCCGGAGUAUUGCUGCAGCGGCGCGUUUGGGACGCCUGACACGUGUAAACCGUCGUCGUACUCGUUGGCGUUUAAAAACGCUUGUCCACGUGCGUACAGCUACGCUUACGAUGACCAGAGCAGUACCUUCACAUGCGCUAAGUCUCCGAACUACGUCAUCACCUUCUGUCCUGCUCCGAACACGAGUCAAAAAUCAUCUCAAGAUCAGAGCCCAGACACGAAACCGACGACACCACCUGGGACGUCGACAACUCCUGCCGGAGGAAGUACGACGUGGACGCCGGAAGAUACAUCGAUGAUAUACGAAGGAGCUCUGGAUCAGAGCAAAGCAUCACCGUCAUCGUAUCGCCUUUCGUUAUAUGGAAUCACUGUGACACUCGCGCUGGCCUUUUGUCGGAUGUGGUGGCUCUUUUGACCUAACUUUUAUUUUGUUCCCGCGGUAAACACUGAAUCAGGACAGUGUGGACCCUCACCAAAGCCUUAUCUCUUCCCGGCCCAUGUGAACUUUUUUACUUUGAACGACUUCGGAUUGAGUCAGAGUUAAAAAAAGUUGCAGUGAAAAGCUCCUUGCCCAAACUACAAAAGAUUCUUGUUUUUGGUGAGGAACAUGUGACGUGGGCAAAGAAAGUGGGCUGCUUGUGGACUUCGAAAAAGACGGGAAUCAUAUUUGUUUAAUCUUUAAUAAAAUUAUUUUUAGGAUUAUGAUAUAAUGUACACUAUAUAAAGUAAUCUAUGAGUUUAAGUUAAUAUAUUGGAGAAAUGGGGGAAUAUUUCA